GCGCCGUACGCUCUUGCGCCACGUUAUCCGCGCUCCGCCGCGAGUCCAUGUGAGCGACCGACUGCUCUCUCGUUUGUGUACGGUGAACGAAGGAUCGGCAAGCUGUACGCGCCGCAGGAAGACGACAUGUUGACGAUGGAGACGGACCUGAAGGGCGGCAGCCUGCACGCUACCGUGCCGCCGCACCACGCGCUUCAGCACGGCUACGGCUCGCUGGGCGCGCUCGGUGGCAUGAUGGCGCUACCGCAGCAGCAGCCGCUUCAGCAUCAGCCGCUGCAGCACCAGCACCACCAGCAGCUGCCUCAGCAUCACGCGCAGCCACCGCAGCACCACCAGCCACCCAACAAUAACAACAACAAUAACAGUAAAAACUCGAACACCGACCGCGUCAAGCGCCCGAUGAACGCGUUCAUGGUGUGGUCUCGCGGCCAACGCAGGAAGAUGGCCUCGGAUAAUCCUAAAAUGCACAACUCGGAAAUAUCUAAACGUCUCGGUGCACAGUGGAAAGAUCUCUCCGAAUCUGAGAAACGGCCGUUCAUUGACGAAGCGAAGAGACUUCGCGCUGUUCACAUGAAGGAACAUCCGGAUUACAAAUACAGACCGCGAAGGAAGACGAAGACAUUGGCGAAAAAGCAAGAGAAGUAUCCGUUGGGUGGUGGAGCGCUCCUCGGAGCGGGCGACACGCAGCGGGCCUCGGCCCCGGCGGCACAACAGCCGCGUGACGUCUACCAGAUGACACCGAACGGAUACAUGCCCAACGGAUACAUGAUGCAUGAUCCCAGCGCUUACCAGCAACAAGCGUACGGAUAUCCGCGAUACGACGUGUCACAGAUGCAACAGGGCGGCUACGGCGGAGGCUACGGGUACGGCGGAGGUCAGGGCUCACCGUACCUUCCCCAGCCGCCCUCGCCGUCCCCAUACGGCCUGGGGCCCGGCUCGCCAGGCGGCUACGCGCUUCCUCCGUCGUGCGCAUCACACUCGCCCAGCGGCUCCUCGGCCAAGUCAGAACCGGUGUCACCGGGCCCGCCGGGGCUGAAGCGCGAGUUCGCACCACACGAGCCACCAGCGCAGCUCAAGCGCGAGUUCGCGCCUCACGCACACGCACACGAGCAGCUCGCCAUGAAGCGCGAGUACGGGCAGCAGGACCUGAGCCACAUCAUCAACAUGUACCACGUGCCCGACGAGCAGCGGUAUGCGGGGGCCGGCGAGCGCGCCAUGCCGCUCAUCUGAGAAUCGCCCUUCGCGUGCGACAUCGACAUCCCGCCGCUAUGAGCUCGCCAUGUCGCCGCGUACCCGCCGCCCGCCGGCCGCGCCCGCCGCCCGCCGACGGGCACCGCACAGACUUUCAUGUGAAUCGGUAGUCGCGUUACCGCAGUGAUCGUAACUCCCCUGCGUACAUACUUCUAGGUAUGUUCAUUUAUUUGUUUUAAAAUACCGCUGUUAGUGUUGCAAGAACUGUUGACUUUAUCGUGUUUCCGGCUUCUCGCCGACGGCCGAAGUUCAAUUAAUUGUUGUUGAUUAUCUUGUAAUAUAUUACGAUUAAUGUAUUUUUCCAUGAUUUAAGUUAAAUAUUGUAAGUCGUGUCGUGCGGACGGACGUAUGAGAUUUGCGUGAGUUGUGAUAUUGAGCGAUAGACGAUGUAGUGUUUGAGGUAAAUUGAAUACCAAAAAAAUUUGAACAAUUUGUAAAUAUAGUGUUAAUGGCUAGAUUUGAUUAGAUUUAGCCCGUAAAGAGUAGGUAGUGAUAAAAGCUAGCGAUAAGUUGUGCCACGACGCCACUCUCGUACGCCCGUCGUGCAUUGUACAAAAUAUUUGUUAUAAAACGAAACGUUAUAAAGCCACGAAAGACUUAAAUAUUGUAAUACGAAAAUGUACAGUGAGUGUAUAUAGUCAGUGGACACAAAAGUAUAUUGAAGAAAAAAUGAAGUUAUCAAUAAAC